GAUUCUUCUCAAUAUGAGCGUGUCUCCUAAAGGCCAGUUGCCCACCAUUCCUUCGAGCACCAUGACUUCCAUCAAACAGCAGCAACAACAGCAGCAGCCCAGAGAGGACUCGGCGGAGAGUUUGGACAGUGGAGACAACGACGGCCGAAUAGAGUUGAAGAAGCAGAUCAACCUGUUCCACUGCGUCAGUAUCAUCAUCGGCAUCAUCGUCGGGGGCGGGAUUUUUGUCUCGCCAGUCGGCAUAACCCUCCAUGUGCGGUCUGUGGGUAUGUCCGUAAUGAUGUGGGGCGUGGCCGGCUUCUUCUCCAUGCUGUGCGCUCUCUGCUACGCCGAGCUGGGCUCCUGUAUCCCUGAGUCUGGAGGAGAGUAUGUGUAUAUACAGCGAGCCUGGGGGGAUUUCGCAGCCUUCAUGUGUCUCUGGAUGAACUACAUCAUCAUCAACCCCGUGUGUGUGGCGGCUUCCAGCCUAGUGUUUGCCACCUACGUGCUACGACCACUGUUUCCCGACUGUGAGCCUCCUGUGGAGGCGGAGAGGGUUCUAGCUGCCCUCAUUAUAGCGUUCCUGGUGGCCAUUAACUGCCACAGUGUACAGUGGGUCACGAAGCUGCAGGCCGCCAUCACCUUCUGUAAACUCGCCGCUCUCAUCGUCAUCAUCGUCAUUGGUUUCGUCUGGCUCGGAAACGGCCACUCAGAGAACUUUCAAAACUCUUUCGCCGACAGCGACUACAGUGCCGGAGCCAUAUCAAUCUCAUUCUACAGCGGAUUUUUUGCCUUUGGGGGAUGGAGCUAUCUGAACUUUCUGACAGAUGAGGUCAUCAACCCACACAGAAACCUUCCUUUGGGCAUCAUGAUUUCCAUCACUGCGGUGACUUUCAUCUACAUCACAGCCAAUAUCGCGUACUUUGCAGUGCUCACCCCUCAGGAGAUGCUUACGUCUUCUGCUGUGGCAGUGAUUGUUCUAUGUGGCUGCGAAGAACAACCAUCUACCGAGGAUCAUCUCAAUGAUAACUGUUAAGAGCCUGACCCCUACCCCAUCCCUGAUAUCGAUGUUUGCCCUGGUGGUGAUCAUGCAGUCGUUCGGCAACAUCUUUUUCCUGGUGGAGAUGAUGGGUUUCUGUCUCGCCAUCGUCCUCGUCAUGGUCUUUGCGGGCCAGGUGCUCCUGAGAUGGACGGAGCCCGACUUGUAUAGGCCAAUUAAGCUGCCUGUUGCCCUUCCCAUCUUUUUGAGCUGUGCCUGUGCCGCUAUCCUGGGGAUCACAGUGUACCAGAAGCCACAGGAAAGUGGCAUCGCUCUGUCUAUCGUCGCCUGCGGCCUCCCUGCCUACGUACUGGGCUCAAAGUGGGACAAGCCGGACUGCAUACAGAACAUCUUAG